CGCAAUACCAUCAAAAUGCAAGUCUUUGACAGCACAAUUCGUCGUGCAUCGCGCCGUGCCUCCCUGAGACGUGGUUCGAUUUCAACCUUGCCACAAAAAUCCUCCGAGAUUCCAUGGGACAUUUUGGAACGUCUUGCUAUGCCAUUCCUGUUCUGUCAUGCCGCUGCCGUGGUUAUUUCAAAUGCUUUGCAUUUCUUUGAUAUUUCCCAUGUAUCGACAUUUGCCGUGUUCGUUUGGUUUGCCUUGUCCACCGUCGGUGCUGUAUUGUUUUAUCAUUUUGUCAAGGUUACCGCCUCCGGCAAAGGUGUCCUAAUUACUGGCUGUGAAUCACCCAUUGCAUGGUAUUUGGCUAAGAAAUUGGAUGACUUGGGUUUCCAUGUCUAUGCUGGGUUCAAUGUACCCAUUGAAGAAUGUGAAGAGGCUACCAUACUUAAGGAAGAGACAUCGGGACGUAUGAAGACCAUCUAUUUGGAUAUUACAUCGGAAAAGUCGAUGUUGGAAGCUGCCAUGUUUGUCUCCGAACAUUUGCCAUUCGGUGCCAAGGGUUUGUGGGCCUUGAUCCACUGUGCCCAAUGGGUUGCUUUGGGUGAAAUUGAAUGGUUGCCAUUUACAGUAUUGCGUAAAUCUUUGGAUUUGAAUUUGUUGGGAUGCGCUCGUUUAACUCAAAUUAUGUUGCCUUUAAUUCGUGGUGCCCGUGGCCGUGUUAUUUUCUUGACUUCUGCCCUUAACAAAAUCCCCACCCCCGUACGCAGUGUCCAAUGUGCCACCCAGGCUGCCAUUGACAGCUUUGCUGCCUGUUUGCGCCAGGAAAUGCGUACCCGCAAGGUCGAUGUCUCUGUUGUGGCUGCUGGUGAAUUUACCCCUGGCAAUGCCUGGUUGAAGGAUACCGAUUUGCGUGAACAAGCCAAGAAGAUGUGGGGACAAAUGUCACCCGAACAAAAGAGAGCCUAUGGUGAGGAUUACUAUGAGGCUGCCAUGACCUGUAUUGAGAAAUAUUCCAGAGAGGCUGCCGAUAUCCAACCCACUGUCCGUGUCUUGAUCGAUGCCACCACCCGUUCCUUCCCCAUGGCCCGCUAUACUCCCGUCACACCCAAGGAGAAAUUGCAAAUCUUUUUGGCCGAACAUUUGCCACCAUCCUUGUAUGAGGUCUUCUAUGGUGUUCCAAGGAAAUAAUUCC